AUGGCAGAUUCUGGAAAUUCUCCCGAUCAAAACCCACAACGAGGCUCCGGCAGCGCUCCUCCAACUCCCCGCGGCCAGGCACCACCUCCCAACCCGGCCGGCGAAGGGUCCUCCGGGAAUGUGCCAGUCCCUCGAUGGUCUCCCAGGCCUAGACUUGGCGGUGCUGCAAAUCCGGGGACUAACCAACCCAGAAAUGUUGCAGGCGGUGCUGGUGCUGGGGAGGGCACUUCGACCGGUGCCUCAGGCUCCGGUCCUUCUCAACCUCCUCGGGCAGACGACCUACAGCCACCGCCACCACCGCCUCCUCCUCCCGUUCCUCAGCCAGCCGCCGUUGGUGGAUACACUUGUAGUCUGUGCAAUCCACCGAAAACUUUCAAUAAUGACCGCGCGUUAUCCGGCCACAUGCACAUGCAUCGAAACCGCCAUUGGAGGGGUUCGUUUCCUCCUCCAGUAUACAGCCGGGAAGAAUUUUUACAAGACGAAACUGCCAGGGUUCUAUUGAACCCCCCGUUAGAAGUUCAAGAGGCCGCCCUGGCGGCCGCCCUAGCCGGGGAAGCAGGGCAAGGCGGGAGAGCCGCUGUUGCAGGAAGGGAAACAAUUAUUCGGGAUUUCGAUUUGAAUGUGAGCUUGGAGGGAGCGAACGAACCGGCUCCGGCGCCGGCGCAGGGGGCGGGGCCUUCAGGCGGCGGCAUUCCAGACCUGAAUGAGCCUGUGGACGAAGAGGGAAGGGAGUAG